AUGAAAAUCAUCUCAAUCGAAAGGUUUAUUUUAUUUACUUUAGCCAUAUUUGUCUUUUUAACAUCAAAUACGUUGUGCCUAGAUGAAUCAGCAAUGUCCAGUCUGCAGAGCAGAGAUUAUGGUGACAAAUAUUCUGAGUCCAGUGAAGACUUCUUAGAAGAAAAGCAGAGAAGUCUCAAUUUUGAAGAACUGAAAGACUGGGGAUCAAAAAACAUCAUUAAAAUGAGCACUCCCACAGUCAACAAGAUGCCAAAUUCACUUGCUAAUUUACCACUGAGGUUUGGAAGAAAUGUUCAAGAAAACAGAAGCAUUAAGCCAGUGGCUAAUUUGCCUCUGAGAUUUGGGAGAGCUUUUGAAGGCAGUAUUUCUAGAUGUGCUCCUAACUUAUUACACAGGUUCGGCAGAUCUCCGUUUGUUAAAAGUUCCAUCCAGUCACUUGCCAACUUGCCACAAAGAUUUGGGAAAUCACUACCUGCCCACCUAUCACAAGACAUUCAAGAAUCUGAGCAAGGCAAUAACAGGAAUCUGUAUUCAAACAACUAUAUUGAAAAGGAAUCAAAUGAUGAAGACUCAAACCAGAAGAGCUGGGAUCUAUAUUUAAAUCAAAAGAUGAUGUAA